AAUAUUUGAACACCACACAGAGUCUGAAACAAGCAAAACAAGGCAGAAAUAUAUUUUUCUCUGUAUCAAUAUAUACCCAUUACUCAGCGUCAAAGUCAUGGUUCAUGGGAAGAAGUUGGCCAAGGAGUCACUGCUGCCUUCUGUGCUGGAAGACGAUGACGCAGACACAGAAAGUGAGAAGCUGCAGCUGGGAGAGAAGAGAGUGAGCCGGACAGAGGUCGACGUGCGUGGGCCAAAGGAGCAACACUCAAGUCCUGACGGGGAUGUGCUAGACGGAGGUGAAAGAGAGGGUGAAGAGGAGGAAGAGGAGGAGCUGGGAGGAGAGGAGGACUACGACACGGAUCUGGAGCUCGGAGAUAAGGAGGAGGCGUACGACCCGACGGGCCAGACGUGCUACUUCGAGGCGUGUGAAGCGUUACAGGUGGUACCUGCCUCUUACCUCCUGCGGCACAUGAGAAAUAGUGAGCUGUCCAUGAUGCAUCGUGGUCUGGGGCCUCAGGGCACCAAAGCACUGGCAGUUCCCCUGGUAACCAACACUUCAAUACUGAGGCUGAACCUGCGAGAUAAUUGGAUGGAAGGAAUGGGCGGAGCUGCUAUAGCCGAGAUGUUAAAGGAAAAUUGUUACAUUACAGAGGUAGACCUAUCCGACAACAGUCUUGGGGAUUACGGGGCCAGAGCCAUCGCUGCCAUGCUUAAGGAGAACAGCACCCUGGUGAACCUCAAUCUGUCAGGAAACCGUUUCACAGACCGCUCAGCUGAACACCUCGGAGCAGCGAUCAUCACCAACUCCAAGCUGCAGCACCUCGACCUGAGCCACAACGCUCUGGGAGAGCAAGCAGGGCAAACCCUGGGUGAGUCUCUGUCGGAGAACACAGGCUUGAGAUCUUUAAGUCUGGCCUGGAACUGCAUCCGAGGGAGAGGAGCUGUGCUGUUGGCCAAUGGCCUCGCGGGAAACAUUUUUCUCAGAACAGUGGAUCUGUCAUUUAACGGCUUUAGUAAAGAAGGAGCCGCUGCUUUGGGACAGGCUCUGAAAGAGAACACUGUGUUGGAGGAGCUGAAUGUGAGCAACAACCGAAUACCCCCUGAAGGAGCUAUUCGCCUAGCCAUGGGCCUCAAAGUAAACAAGACAAUCAAAUCCCUGAAUAUGGGUAAGAACCCAAUCCAGAACGCUGGGUGCUAUGGGAUCCUCAAGUCUAUACAGGAGAACCCAGAUUCAGCCAUGGAGACAUUAGACUUUUCGGACAUCACUGUGAACCAGGAUUUUGAUGAUUUGUAUACGGCAGUGAAAGAAAUAUUCCCUGCGCUUACAGUAAAUCACGGGGGCAGAUUUGGCACAUUCAGAAAAGCAAAAGCUUGAAAAGUGUACUGUAAUUGCUGUACUUUUAUGCCAGAAAAGAUGGAAGGAGUCUUGUCAAAGCCCUGUGGACUAAAGGAUGGAUGCAUGCAAGGAUAUCAUUUAAAAAAGAUGUCAUUAGAAAAAAAAAAAAGUAAUGAGAGCAUAUCCAUCUGAAUGAAAUGUAUUUAUAUCAAAUGAAACUUUUUUUAAAUACCCAAUCAAUUAAAAAUAAAGAUUAUUCAGAGAUAGUUUGUUCAUUUUCCAACAGUACUGUGUGAGAGUUUGAGCUAUAUGUGUGUAUAAGCUAUUGAACACAGGCAUACAAUACAGGUAUUGAGUAUGAUUCUUUUUAGGUAUGAUCUGAUUUGAUGUUAUAUAAUGUCAGUGGGUAGAAUGAUGGAGAGGAUCAGAGAGCAUCGCAUUGUGUAUGAAAAGAAGUGAAAGUGGGUUGCACAAAAAGGAUUUAAGUACUGCAUGACUAGUCUAAUAGAGAAACCAGCUUUGAAAGAAUGAUCCACUGUUAGAUAAGAGACCUGUUUACUGCAGCAGGACACCUCAAACAGUGCUAGAUACAGUAAGCUGUCAUUUGGAGGCAUAUCCCUCCCACACACCCCCAGUCAUUUUACUUCAUCUUAUUUAAAAAAAAAAACAUGAAGUAAUAUAAGUUAUGUAUCUCUGUAUAAAAAGGCUUAGUCAUAUGUAUAGCCUCGACUUUAAAUGCUAAAGAAAGUAGUUAAACAUUAAUCCUUAGAAGUCUAAGCAUUCACAUUACUUAACCCUUCGGAGUUUGGGGCUAUUUUGUUGGUUUUGGGCUCCUUUUCUUUCUGCC